AUGAAUCAUAGUAAUCUCUACGGAUAUGACCCAUCCAUAGCGGCCGCCGCCAUCUUCGUUAUACUCUUCGUCGCCACGACGGGUUACCACGUCUGGCAAUUGACCAGGGCCCGAUGCUGGUACUUCAUUCCCUUUGUGAUUGGUGGAAUAUUUCAAAUCAUUGGUUACAUUUGCCGGAUUAUCGCCCAUAAUGACCUGGGCUCCGUCACCAUCUAUGCUUUGCAAUCCGUCAUGACUCUUCUCGCACCAACACUAUAUGCUGCUUCCAUUUAUAUGGUCCUUGGCCGCCUGGUGGGCUAUCUCAAUGCUGAAAAUUUGAGUCUCGUCCCCGUCAAGUGGAUGACCAAGAUCUUUGUUGCGGGUGAUGUCUUUUCGUUUAUGAUGCAAUCAGCCGGUGGUGGCCUCAUGGCUAGCAAGAAAACCAGCACCCGCAAUACUGGCUCCAACGUGGUCAUCGGUGGUCUAGUCGUGCAACUCCUCUUUUUCGGCUUCUUUGUCAUUGUCGCGGCCGUUUUCCACGUCCGCAUCAACAAGUACCCGACCACCAAAUCUUCGUCAGAGCGCCAGAUGACGCGAAACCUGGGCUGGAAGCAGCGAAAUUGGGCCACUGUGCUUAUGGCGCUGUACGCGGUCAGCAUACUUAUUCUGGUCAGGUCGAUCUUCCGUCUCAUUGAGUACAAGUAUGGCUUUGAUGGGUAUAUCAUGACGCAUGAAGCAUUUUCCUAUAUUUUCGAUGCGCUGAUUAUGUUCAUCGCCAUGGUAAUUAUGAAUCUUUACCACCCGGCGGUUAUUCUGGGUGAUGGAAAGAAUGGACGAAUCCCGGAUUCGUAUGAGAUGCCCCUUUAG